AUGGACGUUCCAACUCAUUUGAUUCUCACCUUUGCGAAGGCGGCAACUGCCUUGAGGGGCCAGCAGCUGGAAUGCCACGAUUCUCCACCUGACUGGCAGGACUGUGAAAAAGGAUUCAACACCUGGAAAACAGCUGAUGCUGUGCAGGUGCCUGGUGCAGUGCUUCUGGCGCUGGAGAUGGUUGGAAGAGCUCAUGGGGAAACUUUCAGGAGUGGUCCAAUAGCAUGGCAGGGAAUGGCCCACAACAAGUUUGCUGCGCCUUGGACGCAGCACGCAGUGCUCAUGAGCCAAGAGACGGGCUCAGCUUUGGCCGGUACCUGUGGGGGCGGCGUGCACUUCCUGGCCUCGGUGCAGCCCAGUCCACUGGAGGGGAGACUUCAAGCUCCACAGGACCGCUACGAUGGAUCCGUGGUUGCACCUGCCGAUGAGCUGCCAGAGGAGUUCAUGGAAUCCGUUCCGGUCACAGUACCCUUGGACGAAAUCCCUUCGAAGUUCUCCCACUAUCUCACGUCCAUAGACACCCAGAGGCGGCGACCUGACGUGAUGGGUCUCACAGCUCGUUUCUACAAGGUGAAGCCCACAGAGACCGAGUGUGGCCGUCCAGGCCCUGCGCCGGUGUCCUCGGCCAUUGAUCGAGCCUUAGACUAUCGCAUGGGCUUCACUGGGGGCUUUCAGCGUUUUCUUCAGCAGCGCGCGAAGCAUGCAGACGCUGGAAGUUACUUCUAUGGGAAGUGGACUGGCACAAUCAACAUCCUGGAGAAGGGGACAUAUGUCUUCGACUUGGAUUUGGGAUUUGACACCACCAGUUCCAUCAAGAUUGAUGGGAAGGAGUUGCUCACGCACGGACAAUGCCGGGCAUCGAAGGCGCCAUACGCCUGUGCAGUGAAGCGCUGCAUCUGGCUGGAUGGAAGCUGUGUGGCACCUACAGGCGUUCCAGGCUGGCUGCGACAAGCUGCAAGCCUGCUUCAGCAGCAUGGGUUCCAGUCUUAG